AUGGCUAGAGGUCUCUUUUUCACCACAUUCUUACUGCUCAUCAGUCUCAGUUAUCAAGCAGCUAUUCCUGUUAAUGUUGUUAGCACCGAAUCUUCUUUAUUGAUAGGUGACAGUGGUGCUACACAAUCCCAAUAUUUAUCUAGCUCUUUGUCUCUGGUGACAGAUUUGCCCGUUGGAAAACAAGUUCAACAGCUACUUACUCAAGCCACUUCCACUUCUUCUGUUGGUGAUUACAGUGGAAACGUUUCUCUGGUUGAAAUUCCAACCUCUCUACAGGGAUUCAGUUUUAUUGGCGGUUCUGUUUUAACAGCCUCGUCUUCUAUUAUUAGUUCUAGUGUGAACGCCACCAAAACAACAAAAAAUAACACCGAUACUAGGUCUGCUUCAUCAAAAACCGCUUCCAAAUCUACAUCUACUUCUAAUUCUAGUUCAAAUUCUACCUCUGAAAUUGCUGUUGGCUCCGAUUGGGCGAGUCAAUUAAUUCUUAUUUUUAAUAUUUAUUCUCAAAUCAAAGAUGGAGGAUUGACGGGCUCAUCAUUGCUCCUUAAAGGAUCAUCCGGUACGCUUUCUGGUUCCGCAAAGAGUGUUGAUCUCUUCAAACAGAUUGUCACAGUAUUGCAACCAAACGCUACAUCAUCUCAAAAAUCUGUCAUAGAUUCUAUUACUGCAUCUGAUAUGCUGAAUGUUGGAACUCUCCAAAAGAAGCUUUUCAACAAUUCUGGAAUGUUCAGACAAAGUUUUGGCACUAAUGGAAUACUUUACUCGAAGAUUAAUACUUUCCGUGGUGCAUAUGAAGCUAUCGCUGCUGAAUUACCCGAUGUUACUAAUAGUGUUACUUCUAAUAGAGUUACUUGGUUGAAAAAUGUUGCAACUAAUAUUGAACAGGUAUCAACUGGGCGUUACUAUGCCUUCAAGGAUUCAUUCGCUGGUAGCGGUGUAAGUAUAUCUUCAUAUGGUAUUACAUAUAAUGACACUUCAAACUACAUUAAAUUUGAAAGCAGUAGUAGUUAUAGCAGCCUUUCUUCUGCUAUUACUGCCUAUAAUAAGAAAGCUGGAGGAAAAAGUACAUUGAACGUUGAUGUUAUCCAAGAUUGUCAGAUUUCCAGCGAACUAUGGGCUCGUGUCACUGACUUGAUUAAUAACGCUAGUGGAAAUACUUGA